CAACUUUGGGGGUACCCACCACCACUUCCCCCAAAAAUCCUUUCCUCCAAAUAAUCAAACAAACAUGGCCGGAAUCAACCCAGCACACCACUCCAAAGACCUUCAGGCCCUUUCUCCCUCCCAUACUACUAAUAGAGCCGCCCACGACGACGAUCCCCCUGCUGAAGGGCAAAACGGGAACACCCCCUCCACCACCACCAAUAAGAAGCAUCUCGUCAAGAGGAGCUCCAACAAAGACCGGCACAAAAAGGUCGACGGCCGUGGCCGGCGAGUCCGCAUGCCCGCCCUCUGCGCCGCCAGGAUCUUCCAGCUCACCCGCGAACUCGGCCACAAGACCGACGGCGAGACCGUCCAGUGGCUCCUCCAGCAGUCCGAGUCCGCCAUCAUCGCCGCCACCGGUUCCGGGACCAUCCCGGCCUCCGCCCUCUCCGCAGCCGCCGCCGCCGCCCAGCCUUCCGAACAGGGGAACUCUGUUUCCGCCGGACUAGCCGAGUACAGAAACCACUGGGGGACGCCCGCGGGCACGUGGGCGUCCAUACCCGGUUUCAACCCGGUUUUCCCUGGAAACCAAAUCUUGACCUCCAUGCCCAAGUUUGGUUUCCAGAGUUUCACCGAGUUUCCCAAUCCGGGCAGCUUCGGUGCCCAUCACCUGCCCGGAUUGGAGCUCGGGUUGUCCCAGGAAGGGAGGAUCGGGGGUGUUAACUUCCAAACGUUAACCCAAUCCUACCAUCAACAACAACAACAACAACAACAGAUUGGGCAGACUGGGAACAAUCAUCCAAUGAAUCAUCCAAACGAGUCUCAAUCUCAGUAGAGCAAAGUUUUCUUCUUCUUCUUUUUACUUUUGUGUUUAUAUAUAUGUGUUGAGAAUAAUGAUGGGAUCAAAUUUUGAUGAAGUUUUGAGUGUGUUUGUAAUAAUUAGGUAAUGUAUAU